UUCGGAUACCCAGGCGCUGUUCGAGGGGUGAAGCCUCCAUCCCGACGGUAGAUCGAUGGUAGAUACAAGAAGACUGGCCCGGACUGCCCGAGCUGGCCUCAUUCGUCUGCUCGUUCAUUUGUUCUGAAAUCUAAGCAGCCAUUCCAUUUCUGACUCAUCACAAUCUCAGGCCAUUCAAUCCGCUGCAGGUGCAACUAUUACCAUGGGAUCGAUACCACAAGACAUCACCUACGACUUUGUGAUCUGCGGGGGUGGCACCUCUGGCUGCGUUGUUGCAAGCCGUCUUGCUGAGAUCCCCGGGGUCAGUGUCCUGCUCAUUGAGGCUGGCGAGCACAAUGAGAAUCUUGAGAAUGUUCACAUGGCAGGAGGCUGGUCCCAAUUAUUCGACAAGGAAACCGACUGGAACGUCAUUAGCGAGAAGAAGCCUGCCGUGAACGACAGGCAGGUGAAGCUUAGCCGUGGCAAGUUCCUUGGCGGUUGUUCCGGUUGCAACGGUACGCUCUGCAUCCGCGGCGCAAAGCAGGACUAUGAUGACUGGGGAGUCGAGGGCUGGGGUGGUGAAGAGUUCUUCAAGUAUAUGCGCAAGGCAGAGAACUUCCACGGGAAGUCUUGGUUCAAGGCCUCCAACGACCAUGGCACCGACGGCCACCUGAACAUCGAACCGCACGACCUCGCUCCUAUUUCCAAUCUCAUCAUGGACUCGAUGGUCUCCAAGGGGCUUCCACUUGACCACGACAUGUUUUCCCACGGCAAUAACCCUCAUGGGUGCGGACACGCUCCGAGGACGGUGCACAAGGGCCUGCGAAGUACCGCAGCGGACUUUGUCACCAAGGAGAACAAGAGAGACAAUCUCCACCUUCUCGUCGAGACGCACGUCGAGAAGGUCCUAAUCGAGAACGUGGACGGCCAGCUCAGGGCGACGGGUGUCAGAGCCGUCAAGGCUGACGGGUCCGUCGUCGAGAUCAAAGCCCGCAAGGAGGUCAUUGUCAGUGGCGGCGCCUACUGCAGUCCCAAUAUUCUCAACCGAUCCGGUCUUGGAGCAAAGUCAGAGCUGGAGGCGUUCGGAAUCCCUACUCUGGUCGACUUGCCCGGCGUUGGAAAGAACCUCAUGGACCAUCUCAUCGUCUUUAUGUUCUACGAGACCGAAAAGGCCGGGCUCACCAACGACCACCACGUCUAUCAUGGCGACAACUUCGCCAAGACGUACGCUCUCUGGAAAGACCAACAGGCCGGCUUCCUGUCAACCUUUCCUUUCGGAGCUUUUGCCUACGCCCGUCUGGACGAGCGGCUUGCCGACUCGGAGCUGUGGAAAAGCGCACCGCGCGCGCCCGGCCGCGACCCGAUGGGCCUGUCACCGAAGCAGCCCAACAUCGAGUUCUUCACGACGGAGUGCUACGGCGGGCCGAAACAGUUUGACCAGUUCCCGACUGACGGGAAACAUGCCUUCAGCAUGAUUGCGGAGCUAUUCGGGCCCCGGUCUCGAGGCACCGUGUCCCUUCGCAACACCGACGCCAAGACCGUCCCCGUGGUUGAUGCCAACUAUCUCGCCGACCCACUGGAUGUCGAGGUUCUGGCCGAGGCGUGCCGGUUUGGCAACGAGAUCAUCAUGGAAGGCAAGGGCACCAAGGACAUUGUCAAGGGCUCGUGGCCGAGCGACUUGGUACACCACAAGUACACUACCCGAGAGGAAUGGAUUCCUUACGUUCGCGACAAUGCGACAACCUGUGAGUGUUUCUUAUCACUUAGGAGUAGAGAUUCAUGUGAACUCGCUGACAAUGAGCGUGUAGGCUACCACGCUGCCGGAACCUGUGCCAUGGGCAACGCAUCCGACCCGAAUACUGUCGUCGAUCCUUCGCUCACAGUGAAGGGCGUCAAAAGUCUGAGAGUGGCUGACUGUAGUAUCAUGCCUAUCCUCCACGGUGGCCACACGCAGAUGCCUGCAUACGGAAUUGGAGAGAAAGCUGCUGAUCUCAUCAAGAAAGCAUGGAAGUUGUAAA